CCACAAGCGCGGUCCGGCAGGUCACAGGUGCGGCGGUUGCCCCUCCAUGUCAUUGCCCCUCCACCUGCCCCUCAGUGAGCUCACGAUUCAUGAAGGGGGAUAUCUAUGCUGCGAAUUGCCUCCUGAUCAUCAUCAACCGGAACUGAUUCUCUUUUCUCAUUCAUACUUUUCUUCAAUUUGAACCCUUUGAUACCCCGUGAAGAAGAGAAUCAUCCAAUAUGUCUGUCGAAGUCCUCAAGACCAUUUCCCCCACCACCAACGAGGCCAUCCUCACCCGGAAUGGCGUCUCCCAGUCCGACUUAGAUGAGCUUCCCAACACCGCCACCAAGGCUUUCGAGUCAUGGAGCAAGACCUCGCUGGCCGACCGCAAGACCAUCGUCAAGAAGGCCCUGAGCCUCCUUCUCGAGCAAAAGGAUGACUUGGCUCAAGAGCUUACCGUCCAGAUGGGCCGCCCCUGCGCCUACACCGGCGUCGAAAUCGCCACGGCGGUGAAGCGCGGCGAGUACCUCCUCAAGAUUGUCGAUGACGUUCUCACGGACACCGACGGCGAGGCUGAGAAGGGAUUCAAGCGCUUCAUUCGCAAGGUUCCCGUUGGCCCGGUUCUUGUUCUCUUUGCCUGGAAUUACCCUUACCUCAUUCUGGUCAACUCGCUCAUUCCCGCGUUGUUGUCUGGCAACACCGUCAUCUUGAAGCCCUCACCGCAGACUCCGACCAUUGUGGAGCGCGUGGCCAAGGUGUUUGAGGAGGCCGGUCUCCCGGCUGGCGUGCUGCAGUACUUCCACUGUGGUUCUCCCGUCAUGAUCGAGUCCAUCGUGCGUAACCCCAAGGUGAAGCUCGUAGCCUUCACCGGCUCUGUGGCCGGUGGUCUGGCUGUGCAGCAGGCUGCGUCAGACCGUGUUGUCAACGUCGGUUUGGAGUUGGGAGGAAAGGACCCGGCCUACAUCCGCAGCGAUGUGGACAUCGACUGGGCUGCGGCCGAGAUUGUCGACGGCGCUGUCUUCAACUCGGGACAGAGCUGCUGCUCCGUCGAGAGGGUGUACGUUGACGACAAGAUUCACGAUGCCUUUGUCGAGGCCGUCCAAAAGGUUCUCAAGGGUUACGUGCUCGGAGACCCCUUUGAUAAGGGUACGCACAUUGGCCCCGUCAUCUCGAAGCGUUCCCAGGAAGCCAUCGAGUCGCACAUCAAGGACGCCCUCUCCAAGGGCGCCACUGACGCAACCCCCGAGAACGAGUCCUUCAGCAACCCCCCGCCCAAGGGCAACUUUGUCAAGCCUACGCUCCUCACGGGUGUGGACCACUCGAUGACGGUGAUGACGGAAGAGACGUUUGGACCGGUGAUUCCCGUCCAGCGGGUCAAGAGUGACGAGGAGGCUGUCAAGCUCAUGAACAACAGCGAGUUCGGCCUCACUGCCAGCAUCUGGACCAAGGACACGGACCGCGGCUACGAGCUCGCGGACCAGGUCGAAGCAGGAACCGUCUUCGUUAACCGAUGCGAUUACCCCAGCCCAGACCUAGCGUGGACGGGUUGGAAGAACUCCGGCAAGGGGCAGACCCUAAGCCGCUUCGGCUACGAUCAGUUUGUCAAGCUCAAGAGCUACCACUUGAAGGACUACCCCAAAUAAGUGGUAGUAUCAUAGCAGUCCUCCUUCGCGUGAGCCCAUCUAUGCCCGCUCCUACCGGCUUCUCGGUGUCAUGUGGGAAGCUUGGGUGAGGAGGAG